ACUAAUAGUACAAUAAGUAACAAGCAACGGUAGGCAGCGGCUUGGCUCUGUCCCUGCCAUUGCUGACGACCAUGAGCGACGGUAACCACUUACCAUCAGGCGGGCCGUAUGCUCGUCUGCCUGCUACGGAGGUUUAUACGGAACCAUUUAACUUUAACUUCUGCCCCGUAUCUUAUCAAUCAAUCACGGAUCAAGAUUUAAAUUAUUAUACGCAUAUAAACGAUACGAUAAUUAGCAUGCGAUAAGAUAUUAUUUGAUAUAAAACAAUCAAGUGCACGUCGACUUGUCAUCUUUAAGGAUUGUCACUAUGAAGGUGUUGCUAUUGAUUUUUUUGGGCGCGGUCUCGUUGGCGUCGGCGGGUUUACUUCCAGCCAUGCUGCCCUACCACGAUACGGUAGGAAUCCCCCUGGCAGAAAGUCUCAAGAAAUCGGAGGAAGCCCGAGACUUUGAUGGAUCUAGAAUUGUGAAUGGAAAUCUUGCUCGUUUGGGUGCUCACCCGUACAUGGUCGGUUUAGUCAUAGAAAUACGGGGCAGUGCUAAUUCAGUAUGCGGUUCAUCUAUGCUCAGUAACACGAGGUCUCUCACAGCUGCUCACUGCUGGUUCGAUGGAGUUAGACAAGCAUUAUCAUUCACAAUGGCCUUUGGAACAAUCACUGUUUUUACUGGAGGUGUUAGAGUGCGCACCACAAACGUACGGAUGCAUGAAAAUUGGGAUCCAAGAAAUUUAAUCAACGACAUAGCCGUAAUCACCCACAAUCGGGUGGGAUAUACCAAUGCUAUUCAGGCAAUCACUUUACCAUCUGGAUCUCUUCUUAACAACAAUUUCGUUGGGACCUCGGCACAGGUUUCCGGUUACGGAAGAACCGGUGACGGUUCUCAACACAACAUCCGACCAGAUCAAGCGAAGAGAGUGGCAACCGUCCGAGUUAUUACCAACAAUGAAUGUAGAAAUGUUUUUGGAUCUAUGGUCCGGGACACUAUUAUCUGUACAAGCGGAGCUGAAGGUCGUAAUAUCUGCGGCAGCGACUCUGGCGGACCUUUAUCCAUUGUCAACAAUAAUCGGAGAGUGUUGAUUGGCGUUGUAAUGUUUGGACAUCAUCGAUGCGAGUCUCGUAACCCUGGCGGGUAUUCUCGCGUCACUGCUUACAACAACUGGAUCCGGGCUAGAUUAUAA